GAAAAAAUUAAGAUAAAUUGUGAUAAAAGUGUUAUACUUGUAUAUAAAAUUUUAAUUCUCUACGUCAAAAUUAUACUACUUGUAUGUAAAAUUGACGUGUACAAUAAAAAUAUACUGGCGAAUAAAAUUUUUUGUACAAUUUCUUACAGUGUAGUUGCAUUUAAAAAUAAAGAUUAAAAUAUCGAAAAAUUAAACCAACUGUUUUAGUUAUAGAAACAUUGCGUUUGGUAGUAAACUAGAAGUAGCUUGAUUAUUUAAUAAAUAUAAAUUCAAGAAGUAUGCAAAUAUCAGUAAAGAAGAUGAUUUGUUAUAAAAUCGAGGUCCAUGAACCAAGGAUAAAUGUUAAUCAGAUUAAGGGGCUGAAUCUAAGAAAUUUUAAUCUGUUUCAUAAGCAAGCAGAUAAACUAAGAACUCGUAAUUUAUUUAACGAAGUAGUAAAAGCCAGCUUAGUACUCAAUCAAUCAAGUGCAGACUUAAUAAUUAUUAGAGUAAUACUAAUUGAUGUUAAAAAUAUUAUAGUAGACUCAGGAUACCUACUAUAUGAGGCCUCAGACCUAAGUAUGGAUGCUAAUGCUCAUCACACUAUUUGGAGAAGAAUUAACAACACAAAAAAAGGAAUGAAUCUGCUACUGACUACAAACCUCAGUAUAGUGAACAAAGGUAGCAAACCUACCUUUGUAAUCAAGAAUAACCUACAAUUUAGAUUAGGUACAAAGUACUGAAAGGAGACAAAGUACUGAAAAGGCUGUAAAUAUCUUACAAGACUCCAUUAAUUCGACUUACAAGAAAAACUGUCCUUCAAUAAAAAGGUAAGAUACAGCUACAGAGUGUAGCUUAAUAGAAUACUAACCUUUCUAAAUUAAGAAAGUUCACACAAGCUCUUAAAUAAAGAGAUGAAAUCAGAUUUGGAACAACACUGGGAGUUCUAUAAGGAUGCCUAAAGGAACUACAAAUCUGCAUUGAAAAAGUCCAAAAGAAAAGCUGGAAGAAGUUCUGUGGAAAAAUACCACAUCUCCUAUAGCAUCUAGACUUCUGUGAUAGCUAGGGUAUAGACUAUACAAAUCAGUCGGCAAUACUACUGAUAGAUGACAUGUUCACCAAUAAUGUUAAUGAUACAUUAUCAUAUUUGCUAAACACACACUUUCCUGAUACACGAUACACAGCACAAACGAAUUAAAUUACAUUUUAGAAA